AUGACCGAUCUUUCAAAAAGUCGACUUGAUUGGCGUGAAAAAAUUUAUAUGAACGCAAAAAACCACAAAUGUGAUUAUUAUGUCUUGAAUGGAAACAAAUUUUGGAUAACCAAUGGACCAGACGCCGAUGUACUUAUUGUGUAUGCUAAAACAAAUACUUCAACAGAGAAACCACAACAUGGAAUUUCAGCAUUUAUUAUCGAAAAGGAUAUGCCUGGUUUUUCAACUGCACAAAAAUUGGAUAAAAUGGGCAUGCGUGGAUCGAAUACGUGUGAAUUAAUAUUUGAAGAUUGCAAAGUACCUGUAAAAAAUAUUCUCGGUAAAGAAGGACGAGGUGUUUAUGUUCUAAUGAGUGGUCUGGAUUUUGAACGAUUAAUAUUGGCUGCAGGACCAGUAGGAUUAAUGCAAGCGUGUUGUGACGUUGCUUUUGAAUAUGCUCAUGUUCGAAAACAAUUUGGUCAACCAAUUGGAACAUAUCAGUUGAUUCAAGGUAAAAUGGCUGAUAUGUAUACGACACUCAACGCUUGUCGAUCGUAUUUAUAUAAUGUUGCACGAGCUGCUGAUAAAGGAAAUAGUAGUAAUAAAGAUUGUGCCGGUGUUAUUUUGUAUUGUGCAGAAAAGGCGACGCAAAUGUGUUUAGAUGGUAUUCAAAUACUAGGUGGAAAUGGUUACAUAAAUGAUUAUCCAACCAGUCGAUUAUUUCGUGAUGCCAAAUUAUAUGAAAUUGGCGCUGGUACAAGCGAAGUGAGACGUGUAUUAAUUGGAAAAGCACUUAAUUCCGAAUAUAAUCAAUCAAGAAAACAAUAA